UGGGCCGCACCCGCACCCGCACCCGGGUCUCAGCUCCAAUUAAACAGCCAGCUCCGUACCUCUCUCCCUCGCUAAACCCCUAACAAAUUCCCACCUACACUCCGCCAAUACACGUCCUAAGCCUUAACUUUACUCGAUUCGCUCACUGGAGUAGGUCGCCCACGCUGACGGACAACGAUACUCUCACCUCACGCUCGAUCUAAGUGGUAGACUUGGAAGCGGCUAGCUCCGGAAAUGUUCCUCUUUACUUCUGAACGCGUAAUUCGUUUUGCUCUUAUUCUGCUUUGAUCCGAUUGUGCCUUUGCCAGAGCCUUCCAGCUUGUUUUUCACGCAUUUCUGAACUUUCUUAUGCAUAAUCUUAUUACUCCAUUUCUUUUUGGUUGGGGUGCAUGAUCAAACCGUACAUCUGGUGAAUCUUUAUUGUGGAAAGAAGUGCUUUUUAUUUUGUAUGAAGUGGAUGGCUGCAAUUUUGCAAGCCAAAGAUGCGGAGGAAUGGACUUACAGAGGAGAAGGAGCUGUGAACCUAGUUCUUGCUUACUGUGGAAGCUCUCCUCAUUUUGUUGGAAAGGUUUUAAGGAUACCAAAAGUUUCAAAUGAUGGACCUGAAUGUGAGAAUGGCCAUUCAGCUCUGGUCAACCAUGAAUCCCUCUUGUGGGGAAAAUUUGAAGGCAUAGUUUCAGCACCUACAAAGGAAAUUGCGGAGCAGGUGUAUGUGCAGAAAGUAAUGUUCCCACUGUUGGGAUCUGAGCAUGUUGACGCAGGGAUCCAUGUUCUUGUGUCAAGAGAAUUUUUGGUGGCAGUUGACAACAAGGUUCUUUGUCAGCGUCCAUCAUGGCGUGUUGAUGCUGCCAGAGUCAACCCCCUUUGUGACUCAGUUCUUCUAAUUGCUGAUCAUUCAUUGUUUCCUCAUGUUUCAGGUUCUCCAAAAGAGGAUUUCUGUGUGUCUGUUGAGAUAAAGCCCAAAGGCGGAUUUCUUCCUACUUCAGAAUUUAUAGCUGAGGGAAAUGCAGUCAAAAAGAGAAUUACUCGAUUUAAGAUGCACCAAGCUCUAAAAUUGCAUCAAGGAAAGAUAUCUCAAAUAAGUAAAUAUGAUCCUCUAGAUUUGUUUUCUGGAUCCAAGGACAGAAUACGAAGAGCAAUUAAAGCCCUCUUUCUUACACCUCAGAAUAAUUUUCGGGUUUUCUUAAAUGGUUCACUUAUUUUUGGAGGCAUGGGUGGCGCUGCUGACAGCACUAGUUCUGCGGUUGCUCAAUCAUUCCAUGACGGACUUAAACAUGUUAUUUCAGCAAAAGAUGGGAUGCACAUCAAGGGUUUUGUGGAUCUGCUCACUGAAACUAUUUUUAAGUCUGGCUUGUUGAAUCGGCUUCUUGAAGUACAGAAGCUUGAUGCUAUUGAUAUAGAAGGUGCAAUUCAUGCCUACUAUGAUAUUAUUUCUCAGCCUUGUGUGGUUUGUCGGCAAAUAGGUGGAAAAAAAUUCUCAGCAAGAUAUUCAUCAAUCCAUUCAAUGCAAAGGGAUGAUAAAGUAAAAAUUGUGAGGGAUUACUUGAUAUCAGCCACUGCAAAGGACUUAAGUAUGAUGAUUAGUUUUAGGUCCAAAGGAAAUAUGGAUCAGGAGUCUCCAUUUCGUGCUGUCUAUCUGGAAUCAAGCAAGCAAACUUUUUGUUACAAGGCAUCUUUCAUUGACCUGGACAUGAAACCAUUGAAGAAAAUGGAAUAUUACUAUGAGUUGGAUCAACAAAUAGUCAACCACUAUGUCCAGUUGGUAAAAGAUACAGAUGCGCAUGAUUGUGGUGAGAACCCAGGAGUCACUGAAGUCGCUUCUACCAGUGUAAAAAAUGGUGAAAUGGCAAAUUGAUUGAGGAGCUCAGAAGAAAUAUAUAGAUCAGCUUUCUUUUCUAUGAAGAAAGUGUGUGCCAACUACUUCGAUGGAUCUUCCAGUCCACAUCAGCGAUGAGUUAAUGGAAAUAUGGCUUGCUAGAAGAUGAUCGCUCCUUGUGUGCUCUCUAGACCACAAGUUAACCUCAACCAGUUUCUUCUAACUGACUCUGGAAUGUAAUUCUGUCAGUAACUUGUAGACUUCAUGAAAAUCUCGUAUUCUCAUUAAGUGUACUAAUCUUUGUUGUUGUAAUCUGUUCUAAGCUAUACUCAAAAGUCUUCAUGCCUAACUGAAAUUGUGUAAACAGCCAGCCACCAACUUGCCAUUCAUGCUCACUCUGUCGGAUUUGUGUUUGUGGAAUCUUCUGCAUAUUCAGUGCUCAGGUCGCGGGUGAACUCCAUUGACUUGAUACCUAAUCUUACAAGCUGACUUUGGGGUGUACAUUUUGCUUGAAUGUCUUCUUUCUCAUUUGUAGACAGACACUUGAAAAAAGAUAUUGCUUUUGACAUACAACACUUCCAAACAAA